AUGGCCAAAAUCGACCAUACAAAUAUGAGCAUAUGCUCUGCAGCAAACGAGAACUUUAUAAUCUAUCCGCAAAGCAGUUUCUUUCGAGAAGACCGAGCAGCAGCUCUACCAUUACCAACAGAGAUCAGAGCUCUGAACGAAGUCUCUGAUUACUUUCAUGCCAAAAGUCUCGACUCCCCAACCCCUGUCAAAUUCCCAUCUUUGGGGCUGAUAGUCAAAUAUGGAACCGAUGUGACUGCUGCCGAGAUCGAGGCGCAGGUCAUGAUGUAUGAACGAUUGAAAGGCCAUGUCCCUGUCCCGGAGGUCUACGGCUGGGCCAAAGACGGCAAUCAAAGGUUCCUCUACAUGGCCUUGAUAGAGGGUGAUACCUUGCAAACUCGAUUCUAUGCCCUCAGCGAGACCAAGCGACAGGCUAUCUGCAAGGAACUCAGAUCGAUGGUUGAUGCCUGGAGAGCUUUGAAGCAAAGCAAAGAUUUCCAAUACGUGGGCGAGUUACGUCUUUUAGAGCGAAGUGUUGGACAACGCCCACUAACAGACUAUUCGGUUAUUGCAAGACCAGGACGAGCAGGUCCUUAUCUUGGCGCGAACUCGGUACGCGAGUUCCACGACACAUGUGGAAUCGAGAUCGAGGAAGAUAUCCCUAUCUGCUUCACUCACAAUGACCUCUGUCCCCCAAAUAUUCUCAUCUCGAAAGGCCCCGAUCCCAGGGUUGUGGGUAUCAUCGACUGGGAGCAAGCGGGCUGGUACCCUUCGUAUUGGGAGUACUCCAAGGCACGUAGAGUAGGCGUGAUAGAUGAGGACUUUGGUUAUGCCCUGCAAGAGGAAUGGACUUCCAAAUAUUUGCCCCAGAUCUUUGAUAAGGUGGACGAGGAGAGGGUUUAUCAUAUGUGGCUCUACUUCAUGCUUUCUUGUAUCUGA